UCGCCAUGCUUGCCAGGCGCUCCGUCGCACGUCUUGCUGCCCAGCAGCCCACCUUGGGUGUUGCACCAUCUGGUGCGCGCAACAUGGCUACUCUCCGUGAGCUCGAGCUGCGCUUGAAGUCCGUGCGGAACAUUGAGAAAAUCACCAAGUCCAUGAAGAUGAUUGCGUCCACGAAAUUGGCCAAGGCCCAGCGCGCCAUGCAGAACGGCAAGGAGUACGGCCGUGCCAACAACGAGGUCUUCGCUAACUCUACCUCCGAGGAAGUCUCGAAGCGCAAGCUCUUCAUCGUCAUCUCCUCCGACAAAGGUCUGUGCGGUGGUAUCCACUCCUCCGUCUCAAAAUCCACCCGUCGCAUCAUCGCCGCUGGUGAGGCCGGUGCCUCCACCGACUCUCCCAUCAUGGUCAUCGGCGACAAGUCCAAGGCUCAGCUCUCCCGUGCCCUCGGCAACAACCUCGCGCUCACCUUCAACCAAAUCGGCCGUGAUAUUCCUACGUUCGCCGAUGCCGCUGGUGUUGCGGACCUUAUCAUCAAGUCCGGCGUGGAGUACGACUCUGUUGCUAUUGUCUACAACAAGUUCGUUUCUGCCAUCUCGUACGAGCCCGCUAUCAUGGAGGUUUUGAACGAGGAGCAGUUGAAGGAGUCCCCUGGCUUCAAGGCGUACGAGAUGGAGGAUGAUGUCACCAAGGACCUCGCUGAGUUCUCGCUCGCCAACGCUCUCUACGCUGCUCUCACCGAGGGCCACGCGUGCGAGCAGAGUGCCCGCCGUAACGCCAUGGACAACGCCUCCAAGAACGCCUCCGACAUGAUCUCCUCCCUCCAGAUGAAGUACAACCGUGGUCGUCAAGCCGCCAUUACCAACGAGCUGGUCGACAUUAUCACUGGUGCCAGUGCUUUGUAAACCGCUUGUUCGCUUGCUAUGGGAAUAUAGAUCUCGGACGGAGUGUUCUCGAUGUUAGUUGCUGUGAGAUCGCGUCGUGAACAGGAGCUCCCUUCAUACUUAUCUGUAUCUCUGAUGGAGGAAUUGACUUGAACACUAUAUCCUCAUCGUGAC